AUGGCGCUGCCCACCCGCACCGGCGACCCUGUGGCGCUGGCCACCCGCACGGGCGAGCCCACGCCCCCGAGCCGCCCGGGGGACCCCAGGCCGCCCACGCCGCCCAGGCUGCCAGCCGAGCCCUGCCGCCCUCCGCACGCCGCCGCCCAUGCUGUGCCGGCCGAAGCCGCCCGAGAGGCUGUGGCGCACCGGCCCGCCCGCGAAGCUGUGUCGGCUCAUGCCGCCGGAGUAGCCGGGGGCGCCGACCCCCCCGGCGAAGCUGUGUCGGUUGCGGCUCCCCAUGCCGCGCAAGCCGCCCACGUUCUCGUCGGAGCCGCGGCCGCCCAUGAAGGCGGCGAUGCUGUGCCUGUUGCCGCCCGUGACUCCGCGAGCCCCACGGGCGGCGGCAGCGGGGAACCCUCCGCCCAUGUCGCCGUCGGAGUCCUGGUCCUCGUCCUCCUCCGCGAUGCUCUGGCGGCUGAGGCCUCCCGCGCAGGCGUCGUCGUCGGCGGUGCUGGGGCCCGCGCCGGGGGGGAACGCCUCUGGGGAAGAGCGGGGUGA